GACCACAACUAGACAUAGCAACAGAUUAAAAAGCCGAGUCCGACAGCUCGAUACGGGACAGGGUCUUUGCUCAGAUUAGAAGUUGCAUUUAUUGAGUUCAAGUUUAAAACGUCGCCUCUCUGAAAGCAGCUUUGCAAUGCCUGUAACUACAAACAACUCUGAUGGGAUCAGACCCCCCCUGCACGAACAGAUUUCAGAGUUACAGAGAAAAAUCCAGCUUCUGGAGGGUGACAGGAAAGCCUAUUACGAGAGCUCCCAAUGGACCAUCAAGAAAAACAAGGAGAGCAUUCUGCAGCUCAGGAAGGAGAACAAAAAGUUACACAAGAAGCUGGCCGACACGCUGGCAGGAGACGACCGCGUGAUAAAGGAUGCCUUUUGUAAUCGCAAUGUUGAGAAAAACGCACUGCGGAACAAGACCGGACAGGCUGCGAUUCAGAUCGUGGAUCACAAGGUGUGUGACAAGGUCAAGCAGCUGAACGCGCUGAAGCACAGCACGGAGACUCGCCGGCGCCGCCUGCAGGAGCUGCAGUGGGAGUACAACAGGAAGACGCAGGGGAGUCCGGGCGCGUCGCUGGCCACAUACCAGGCUGAGAUGGAGGAGUCCAAGAAUGAAGGGGAAAGCCCAGCCGAGCAGCCCCAGCAGAAUCUGCGCUCUCUGGAGAACAGGCUGGAGAAGGCUCAGCUGAAAUGCCAGGAAGCCGAGCACAUCAUGAAGGUCUACCUGAAACUGAAGGAGCAUCUCCAGGAGGAGAGCCUGACGUUCCAGAAUAAGCUGGACAGCAUGGAGGCUGAGAUCCUGCGUCAGAGACAGGAGCUGAGAGAGCUGCAGGGCAUGAACAGCGAUGCACAGCUCUCCAAGGACGCAGCCAAGGCUGAGCUGCAGCACCAGGAGGAGGUGGUGUACAGGGAGCGGCGGCAGAGAGACAAGAUCCUGAACGAGUUAAGGAAGCAGGCUGAGGAGAGGAAAGCCCAGGCUGAGCGCGUGGAGAGGAGGGCCCAGCGUGCGAUUAUGCAGCCAGACGACCAGAGCACAGAGGCUCAGCGCAGUGGCGUCGACGAAGAGAACACCAUCACCACCUUUGAGGAGGCCUUCGAGCGCAUCAAAGAGGCAACUGGAGUCACCAACACACAGGAGGUGGUGGAGCGCUUCAUCUCGCAGGGAGACACCCAGCGCCACCUGGAGCUGCUGAAGGUGGAGAAUGAGAAGACUCUGGAGCAGCUGAAGGAGGAGAGGGAGAAGCUGCGGGCUGACUUCCAGGAGAUGAAGUACUCGGGCGAGGCCAAGCUCUCCAGCGGUCAGCAGGUGCUGGAGGAGUUUGCUUCUCACCUGCGAGAGGAGGAGAAGCGCAGAGACGAGGCCAGAGAGCGUCUGGACAGACUGACCCGAGUCCUGAGCACCGUGCGGGCUGGAGUGGAGCACCUGGGGGACAAGCUGCAGCAUGUCAAGAUCCCCAGGGGCCACGUGCCAGCAGCCCAGCUCCCCCCCUCUUCAGAGGAAUAUGUGCUGGAGCUGCUGUCUGUGUCCGAGCAGAAGCUGCUGCAGCUACUGGAGGAGCUGCAAGGCAAAGAGCUGAACGACAUCCUGAAAGAGAUGGAGGAGGCGGAGUUCAACGCCAGCAUUGAAGGCAAGCUGCCGGCAUACAACAUGAGGAUCUCACUGCCAGAGUCACACAAGCAGGACCUGUUUGACGAAGACGAGGUGAGCAGCGAUGAGGACCCGGACGUCAUCUCCCGCACCGCGCUGAAGCGACAGUCCCAGCAAAUCAUUGACUCCCGGACCAAGAGAAAGACACGCCCCAAGAAGAAAAAGGGCAAGCAGUAGGGCAGCCGGGCAGCACGGAGAAACAGGGGGGUGGGAUUAGGGAUUCGGGAUUCGGGCUCGGGGACACCCUGUCCGAUAGGGAACCUUACACUCAAAUCAUCCAGAACGUCAAACACUUAAACUAAAGACACUGCAGUUGAGCUAUUGCCAAGGCGUCUUCUUCGAUGUAUAUUAACCGAUGGGGAUGCACAUUGUGAAUGUGGAGAAGAUGCAGGCAUGUAUGGGUCUAGCACUAUUCAGUUGUGGCUUUUUAAUUUGACCCCUCCAGUUCUAAUGCAGAGCCUGGUUGAAACAAAUGCAGCCGUUAUUGUUACUUUGAAGAACUGCACUACUGCAUGAACUUGUCUUCAGCCUUGACUGGUUUUACAGUAGCGCCAGUAAAGCCGCAGUACCUUCGCAAGGCCGUCCUGUCAUAGUUUAAUAUCUAAAAGGACACCUUGUCAUUUGUCUAAUGAAUUUUUAGUUUUAAUUCCAUCCCUCUGUACAGCUUGCUUGUCCAGCCUUGCCAAUCAUCUUUAGAAGCCACGGUGAAGCGAAUUCUACAAUAUAGAAAGGUGAUAGUAAUGGAGGGCAAAUCAACACAAACUGAGUAACACAAUGAACAACACGGACAUACAACUAGGAGCACCCCUCCACACACACACACACACACACACACACACACAGGCACACUGCUUUAUGUACAGAGCUCGGUCUAGGUGCAAAUGGUUAGCCAGAGCUUUCAAGUAUACUAGCUUGGGGUUUUCUAGUCCUAGUAAAUGUCUCAAAUGUUGUAGUAACCUCGUAUUUUAAAUCACACACGCUAAAGAUAUCUGGUUCCAUGCCAUGCUUUCAGACAGUGCUUCACCUUGCACGGUCUCUUCACAUGGAGACAGGCCCCACCCCUUCACUGGUUUCUUUCCAGCUGCUUCCCGUGCUGAGUGACACGCUUUCAGCCAGUAACAUGACCCAGAAGACACAGCCCCGGGGGGGGGGAAGUGACCCAGGAAGUGCAAGCUGUACUGAGAAUAAGGAAGAGCAACUGAGAACUUUCUUUAGUACCAGAUAUCACGUUUUUAAAAUGAAAAAAACAAAACAUGUGUGCUGUAACAUUUCAUUCAAAACAUGUGAGACUUCUGUAGAUAAAAAUGGGUAAGAUUCAUAGAAUUAUUUUGUUAGCUGUAACAAUUUACAAUUGUACAAAUUAAACUGUUGGGUAAAGAUUAAACAUAUAUAUUUCAA